ACGCCUUUAGUUAUAUUUAAUUAAUAAUUUUCAUAAAAGUGUUUGUCAUUGUAGAGAAAAUUGAUUGAAUAUGAAGAGCUUGACUGAGAAAGUCUGAUAAUAAAAUUUCGAAUGAAAAAUGGCAAAGAAAAUUCCAUUUUCAUGCAUUUUCUCAUCGGAUGAAGAUUUACCACAAUAUCCUGCUAGUGAAUUAAAUUCACAUGGACCAAGUGUUUUUGGAUGGAGGUCAAAGCAAGACCCGAAUAAUGAGAAAGCCCCUAAAGAAAUCGUCCUCAAAUUUCAAUUUCCGGCCAAAAUAUACAAAAUUCAAGUUCUGGCACAUCAAUUCUUAAUACCCGAACGUAUCGAAUUCUGGUUACAUUAUUCAUCGAAAAAUGCGACACCGUCAAGUCAAUUAUUCGAAUAUGUUGGAUUCAUUUCGUUAUCAGAAGCAUCAGGAAACUUUCAAUCAAGAGAGAUGCAGAGUAUAAUUAUUCCACAGAAAUUGGGAACACAUUUGAAACUUCGAAUGGGAAAUCCUUAUCCAAAUAAUCUCAAUCCUAAUAACCAACUUGCUUUAAUUGCUGUCAAUGUUCUUGGUGAAGAGUUUAAUCCAAAUUCAAAUGAUUUGAGUCAUUUGAAGCUUAAAGUUCCAGACGAUAUUUCUGAAGUUGCUUUAGCAUCGAUUACAGAUGACUUGGGUUAUUGUAUGUAUGUUGAAGAAAGCAUCGUAGAAAUUGUAAGAAAACUUGAAGAACUGAAACACAAAGCGGUUGCAGAUGAACGCUUUGAAUAUGCAAGAAAGUUAAAAUGCUGCAUGAAUUGUUUAAGAACUGCUGGAGAAAGACUUGGACGUUAUGCUUUAUCAAAGCGACUUUCGGUGCUUAAAGAAGACUUCACAACGGCACGAUUAAGAAAAGAACAAAUGGAAAUGUAUAAAAAAUUAUUAUACGAGAAACUUGAGAUUGAGAAGCUUCUAGAGACUCGUGGACUCAUCGUCGAGAAUGACAUUUGUUCAGAAGCUUAUAUAACAAAGCCAACAUUACCCCAAGCUCCGACGUUAGUUGAAGUCGCUAACUAUUUAGAGAAUUCAAAAUCUAAUGGAGUUCCAAGUACGGAAGUCUCUCCUGGUCUUUCAAAUAAUGCUCAAUUUAAAUAUGAUGAACCAAUCUACUCACCAAAAGUUCGAUCAUCACCAAAAGGUUCACCAAACUCGGGAUCACUUCGAAGAAGAAAUAAAAGUGCACCAAGGAAUGCGACUUACGAUUAUGACGAACGAGAAAUUCCAACCUUGAGACAUUCCCAUACAAAUGAAUUUCUACGUGAAUGUCAUCAUCCCGAACCAGAAUCAUCACGUGGUCGAUCGAAGUUGAAUGAUCGUGAGAAACGACAAGCAUCAAUACCGAUACUUGUGUUUGGUCUCGAUAUUGUUGAAAUGUUUUAUUCACGACAGUUUCAAGAUCGUGAGGAAGGUUUAACGCAACUUCGAGAAGUUCUAAGGGAGAAAGAAAAACCACCGGAAUUUGGAUAUAACAAAACAACGAGAGGUGCCACACUUUUACUUCAUCGUGCUGUUCGUGAUGCAGUUUUUUCAGUAUUCUCAGCUGCUGCUGAAACCAUUCGAUGUUUAUUCUGUGAAUUUAUGCCAGGAAAAGUUUCACAUUCUGAAAUUGCAAGAUGUGUUGAUAAACUUUUACCGGAACUUUUAUCGAAAUCUGGGGAUCCAAGUCCGAGAGUUCAUAAUCUUGCACAACACACAAUUUUAUCGAUUGCUGCUUGUGAUGAAGUUCGUGAUCAGCAUCUGAUAGCUCCAAGCAUAUCAAGACCAGUAACUAAUGGAACUCAUCCACGCUUAGCACUGAGUCGAAUGCAAAUGCUUGAACAACUCGUGUUAAGUCAAGGAAUAAAUAACGACAAACAUAGUGGAAUGACUUGUAGGAUUCUCUCUGAAUGUGGCUGGAGCGGAAUCAAUCAUCCACAUGAGAAUGUUCGAAAAGUUGCAGAAAGAAUUCUCCUCGCUGUUUAUAAAAUCAACCCACGACUUAUAAGAAAACAGUUGCCACCUGAUGACGAAAUUACGCGGCGCAAUUUAUUGUAUCGACAACUGUUCUCAGAAUUCGAUAAAAUUGACUUGCAAAGAAAGCGUGAAAUUUUGAAUGAAAGAAAACUUGAUAAGAUGGAUUUUUCUGUGUACGCUUCAAAUCAUUUAAGUGAAGAGUCAGGCGAGUCAUCGAAAACUAAAAAUCAUGUUACAAUUAACUCAGUCAAAACAUUACGAAUUAAUGAUCGCGCAAGUCCAACAACACUACCACGUCAAAAUCAUCACAAUCAGAUCGUGAAAAGUGCUAGCGGACAUUCGAUUAAAAGCUUUGAUCGACGACAUGAAUUCAAAUGUACCUUUUGCAACACUAUUGUACAAUCGAAUCACGAGCUAGACUUUCAUUAUUGGAAGAUCUGUCCGUUUUUAACUAAAUGCGAGAACUGUCGAGACAUUGUCAAAGUUGCUGACUUGAAUAGCCAUUUAUUGAGUGAAUGUACGAAGAAAAGUGAUUAUAACAAAUGUGAUGUGUGUCAAGAUGCAGUUUUAAAUUCCGACGCUGAACAUAAAACACAAAGUCAUUGUCGUGAAUUAUCUUCAGGAAUCAGCAAGUGCAGUCUUUGUAAAGAAAAUGUUUACCUUCCUGAUGAUGGUGGAUGGGAAAGACAUUUCCCCAUUGGAUGUCCACAACAAAAACGCAAAUUAAAAAAAUAAACUUUCACCAUCCAUUAAUUGUGCAAUCUAAAUUUUUGCCUUAAAAUAUUUUUAAGCAGACUUUGAAAUAAAUGAUCUUAAAACAAAA